GAAGUGAAUUUAUAAAUAGUGAUCGCAAAAGACAAGGAAUGCGAUGAAACUCUGAUUAGGCAAAUAUUGAAUAAUUUGGAGAUGGAAGUGACUACUCUGAAGAGCAAGUUUUUGAAUUUGAAGAACAAGAAAAAGAGAAGAAUUUAAAGAUUUGAUUAUGCAGCCAUUCAAUUUAAUUACUCUGAAUCCGAGUGAAUUGCCUAUUACACCCAAAUUUGGGGGGGUCAAUUGACAUUUUAGUCCGACUGAAAACCACCUGUCAGUGCAGCUCACUCGAUCCCAUACCAGUAGUACAAGCAACUUCCUUUCUUCUUUUUCUUGUAUACAUAUAUCAUCAACAAUCCUGUCCGGUAUCGUGUUGUUAUGUAAAAUUUACCAGUGAUCAAUUUACUCGUGUCUUCUCCGUGAUCAGGAAGGCCGCCGGCGGUCAAAGACGAUGAUGAUAAAGCAAUCAAAAUCAGAGGUGAAAGGAAUUGAAUCGUUGAACACGUAUAAGAUGAGUAGCUUUUUUCUUUGUUAAACCUUCAGUCACGUGGCCUCAAGAUUAUGCUGCUGUUAUCAGUUUGACUAGAGCUGUCAGAUGAUGAUUUGAACACCAGUUACAGCCAAAAAUUCCGUAUGGUUCAGGGGCAAAAAAUGGGUGCUGCCAGAAACAAUUUUCCUUCUUUCUUCACCCUUUAUUUCUCUUCUCGAGAACUCCGUCUGAAAGCAUCUCUUUUCCUUCUCCUUCUCCAUCUCACAAUUCUCUUCUUCAAUGGAAGAUUGCACAAUAAGUUCACUUGGUUCUCCUUACAACUUUCUUUUCAGAGCUCUUUCUUUAAUACCCAUUACUCACUAUCUUCUCUUCUUUUUAUUCACACUCUUAAUCUUCCUUUACUACUUCUUAGAGAUUCAUUUUCUCCAUGAUUUACUCACCUUAUUUAGAGGUGAUCGUGUGUUACUCACUUGCAAUUUCUCCUCUGAACUUUAUCAAUCUGUUGCUUCUAAGUGCAAGAUUCUUCAUGGAAGGUUUUCUCCUACUCCAUGGUUAUGUAGUCCUCAUCUUCAAGCUGUUUUCUUCAGUUUUUUUGGGAGUUCUCCUGAUUUUGUCUUCAAAAGGCAUCUAUUUCAGGCUAGUGAUGGAGGAACACUUGCUUUGGAUUGGCUAAUGUAUUCUGAUAUUGUUGAACAAGGAAAUUCGUGCAAGAAUGAUGCUGUUCUCCAAGAUGAUAAAGCCCCAAUUGUAAUUGUGGUUCCUGGCUUAACUAGUGAUUCUACUUCUGCUUAUAUAAAGCGUCUCGCUUUCACUAUGGCAAGGCAAGGUUGGAAUGUUGUUGUGUGCAAUCAUCGGGGAUUGGGCGGCAUAUCACUUACUUCUGAUUGCUUCUAUAAUGCUGGGUGGACAGAGGACUUACGAAGUAUCAUUGAUCACAUUCACUGUCAAUAUCCGGAAGCUCCUCUAUAUGCUGUCGGAACUAGCAUUGGUGCCAAUAUUUUGGUAAAAUAUCUUGGAGAGCACGGGGUUGAUAUUCCUCUUACUGGGGCUGCUGCUGUCUGCUCUCCUUGGGACCUUUUGAUAUGUGACAGGUUUAUCAACCGCAGGCUUGUGCAGAAAUUCUAUGACAGAAGGAUAGCUGUUGGCCUUCACGGUUAUGCACAAUUGCAUCAUUCUGUCUUGUCUCGUCUUAUAGAUUGGGAGAGCAUCAAGCUGUCACGUUCAGUUAGGGACUUCGACAAGCAUGCUACCCGAGUUCUUGCAAACUGUGAGACUGUGGAUACAUAUUACAGGCGUUCUAGUUGUGUCAAUGUUGUGGGUAAUGUAUCAGUACCUCUUAUCUGUGUGAGUGCCCUUGAUGAUCCGGUUUGUACAAAGGAAGCUAUCCCAUGGGAUGAAUGUAGGGCAAAUGAGAACAUUAUCAUGGCUAUCACAAAGCAUGGAGGGCAUCUAGCUUAUUAUGAGGGGGUAACUGCGAAUAGUAUGUGGUGGGUGAGAGCUGUUGAUGAAUUCCUUCACGUCCUUCACUCUAGCCCAUUGAGAAACAGAAGAAAGAAGGUGGAAAGGUCCAACUCUUCUAUUCUGUUUGAAUCUUCAAUUGAUCAGGGGCCUUACAUGAAUGUCAUGGAAGAUGGAAUGGUUACUACGAUAGGCAAUAGAUUACACGUUGACGAAAAUAAGGAUGGUGUCGAGAAGGGUGAAGAACACAUUCCUGAAAGAGAAAAGAGUGAGAACAAGACAAUGGUGUUCUCAAGCGGCAAUGACAUUAAAAUCAAAAUGAUCUGAUUAAUCCUGUAAAAGGAUAUCAUGAUUCAGCGAUGAUAUUUGGUAAAACUUAAGUAAAACUAAGUUUCAGUGUUGAUGGGUGUGAUACCUGCAUGGCAAAGAGAAAAGGUCAAGUGGGCACUAAUGUUGAUUUAUCCAGGCUGCACCCUGGAUAAUCAAAAUCUUUGGACUCGUUUAGAUGGUUUAGACUCGGUGGACUAUCAUUAGCCCCCAAACAAGUAAGGUUCAGUUCGGACAUUCAUGUUUGUAUAACCCAUAUUACCCUAAUUAGGGUUUGGAAGAAAAAUUGCAUAAUUAAUUUUGAUUUUAAGUAGAAUUUUCAUUGUA